GACUGGUUGGUGGAGGACCCGGAGUUUGCCUUCGAGAUGAUUCCGAUCGCAGACGUGAAAGGAAGCAUGGUCUAUGAGAAGACUUGCAUCCCACAGAGUCCCAGGCUAAGAAGUCGUGCGCUGUUCUUCAUGACAGACACGGCGAACUUCCACUCGGUCAUGAAGACCUCCACCUUUGCCGAGUUGGACAAGGCGCUACCGAAGAGAAAAGUCCAAAUGGAGCGU